AAGUAGAGACUCUGAAGCAAAGAAAACGCAUUAGUUUCGUGAAGAGUGUUGAAUUUGCAAAAAUCUUCUUUUGGAUUUUCCCCUCCUGCAAUUCACCAAGCGAAUACAUCACUGAUUGAGCUCUUUGCCAUGAAGCGCCCCUUUGACGACGCCACCACCACCACCGCUGCCAAACCCGUCUUCUUGACCAAAGCUCAGCGCGAAGAACUCGCCCUCAAACGUCGCCAAGAAGAAAUUGCCCAGCAAAAACGCCGCCAAGAACAGCUUCUCGCUCAGGCGCUAAACUCUGAUAGGCCCACCUCCGAUUCCCGCGAUUCUCGCGACCGCGACCGCCACCGGCGAGAACGGGAGCGGGAACGUGAUCGGGAGCGUGAAGAAGAGGCGAAAGCGAGGGAGCGUGCUAGAAUGGAGAAGACGAAUGAGCGUGAAAGAGAGAAGGAAUUGGAGGCGAUAAAACAGCAAUAUUUAGGAUCGAAGAAGCCUAAGAAGAGAGUUAUAAAGCCGAGUGAGAAGUUUAGAUUUUCGUUUGAUUGGGAAAAUACUGAAGAUACUUCAAGGGAUAUGAAUAUUUUGUAUCAGAAUCCUCACGAAGCUCAGCUUUUGUUUGGGCGAGGGUUUCGAGCGGGGAUGGAUAGGAGAGAGCAGAAGAAAUUGGCGGCGAAGAACGAGAAGGAGAUGAGAGAAGAUAUUAGAAAGAAGGAGGGGGUUGAGGAGAGGCCGGAGGAGGCAGCGGCACAGAGGCUGAAGGAAGAAGCUGCUGAUUUGUAUGAUACUUUUGAUAUGAGAGUUGAUCGACAUUGGUCAGAAAAGCUGCUUGAUGAGAUGACUGAGAGAGAUUGGAGAAUUUUUAGGGAAGAUUUCAAUAUUUCGUAUAAAGGGUCAAAGAUUCCGAGGCCAAUGAGGAACUGGGCUGAGAGUAAAUUGAGUUCUGAGUUGUUAAAAGCUGUGGAGAGAGCUGGGUAUAAGGCGCCUUCACCUAUUCAAAUGGCGGCUAUUCCGCUUGGUUUGCAGCAAAGGGAUGUUAUUGGCAUUGCUGAGACUGGCUCUGGUAAGACUGCUGCUUUUGUAUUGCCUAUGUUGACUUACAUAUCUAGAUUACCGCCAAUGAGUGAAGAGAAUGAGGCUGAGGGGCCUUAUGCUGUUGUGAUGGCUCCUACUCGUGAGCUUGCACAGCAGAUUGAGGACGAGACUGUUAAGUUUGCACAUUAUUUGGGGAUAAAGGUGGUUUCAAUUGUUGGUGGGCAGUCUAUUGAGGAACAAGGGUUUAGAAUUAGGCAAGGGUGUGAGGUUGUAAUUGCAACGCCAGGUCGUUUGAUUGAUUGUUUGGAGAGGCGAUAUGCGGUUUUAAAUCAGUGUAACUAUGUGGUUCUUGAUGAGGCUGAUAGGAUGAUUGAUAUGGGUUUUGAGCCACAGGUUGUGGGUGUGUUGGAAGCAAUGCCUUCGAGUAAUUUGAAACCAGAAAAUGAAGAUGAGGAGCUUGAUGAGAAAAAAAUUUAUAGAACUACUUAUAUGUUUAGUGCUACUAUGCCUCCUGCUGUGGAGCGGCUUGCUAGGAAAUACUUGAGGAAUCCUGUGGUGGUUACAAUUGGCACUGCUGGAAAGGCUACCGAUUUGAUAUCUCAGCAUGUGAUGAUGAUGAAAGAAUCAGAGAAAUUUCCCAGGUUGCGGAGAUUGCUUGAUGAUUUUUCAGAUAAGACAGCAAUUGUCUUUGUUAACACCAAGAAGAAUGCAGAUACAGUUGCCAAGAAUCUGGAUAAGGCAGGCUAUCGAGUAACUACUUUGCAUGGUGGGAAGUCCCAGGAGCAGAGAGAAAUUAGCCUUGAAGGUUUUAGGACCAAGAGAUACAAUGUCCUUGUUGCAACUGAUGUUGCAGGGCGUGGGAUUGAUAUACCUGAUGUGGCUCAUGUUAUCAAUUAUGAUAUGCCUGGGAAUAUCGAAAUGUACACUCAUCGUAUUGGUCGAACAGGCCGUGCUGGAAAGACUGGUGUUGCUACGACUUUCUUGACUCUUCAUGAUACUGAUGUCUUUUAUGAUCUCAAGCAGAUGCUUAUCCAGAGUAACAGUCCAGUGCCUCCUGAAUUGGCAAAGCAUGAGGCUUCAAAAUUCAAGCCAGGAACAAUUCCUGAUAGACCUCCUAGACGCAAUGACACUGUUUUUACUCAUUGAAGAAUAUGUAGAUCUGUGAGACACUUCCUUAUAGGCUUCACUCCUCCUUUUUUGGCCAUAUCAUGGCCCUUAGUGGCUAACGUAUCUUUACUCACUGGAAUUGGAAACUUAUCUAUAAUUUGAUUAUUACAGCUUCCAUUAUAAAAUUGGUGUAUUUUACUUCUUUUGCCCUUCAGUGUGGCUGCUGCUUACUGAUUGUUGAUUUUGAAGAUGUUCAUCAUCAUAUCAGUUAAAGGUACUAAAUUUGCUAGCAUGGGUUAGUUUUCUUGCCUGGUAUGGGAGAACAAGUAAGAGGCUUGAGUGAUGAUAUGACACUAUGCUUUGUUUAUCAUUCUCCUGCUGAUGGACUUGUUGAUUUAUCUGUGAGAUGAACUGAUGAUAAAGUCAGGAUCUUCCACGUCCAGCAUGGAGGUCCUCUGCUUCUUGCUGCACUAACAUUUGGACAGUGUUCUAAUUGUUUAAAAGCUGUGCGUGUCCCUAUUCUGGCUGCUCCAAUCAUCAUUUCCAGAACCAUAUACAAUGACUUCACCCGAAUGAUUCAGGAUUGAUCUCCAGCAACCCUGCAUUUCCGUUCAUUGUCAAAGCUAACAGCACAAUAUACAAAUGGCAGAGAUGAACUUGUUUAUAAGUACUUACAGUUGCUCUGAAUGCCAUCUUUCCUAGAUUAUUUGAAACUGAUGGAACUCUGUUAUUGAAUCGUGAAUGUUGAAUUGAGUAAUAUCUUUAGAGGAGUAGUUUAUAUAGACAAGAGGAGAGCCAGUGGAAACCCCGACUUAGAAAGAGGUUUGUUGACAAGUAGGUAAGAGGAAACUGAAAGCUCUGAAUUCACCUUACAUUCUUAUGUGACUUUGCUUUGAUGUUAAAACUUUCUGACUUUGCUAGCAUGGGUUGGUUUUUUGGUAUUUAAUUAGGUAUGGGAGAACAUGUAAGGGGCUUGAGUGAUGAGAUGACACAUAAAUCCUCACAUUAUCAUGCUUUCAUGAUACAUGGUGCAGGUAUUGGACUUGGUGACGUGUCUUUCCAAUUGAUUCACAUUCAAGCUGAACUUAUGACAUGUUAAUUGCUGCUUUGUCCAGAAAAGUGAUGUGGGAAGGAGGAUGUGUUAGUAGUAAUUUUUGCUUGCUUUUAUCAACUCCUGCUUGUGUUUGCAUGCAUGAGUUUAUCUUCUUCUUGCUGGCUGCAUCUAAAUAUGAUGCAUUUGUUAGGUGAUUGUUGAAGCCUUUAGAUAGAAUUGCAACUGUUUCUGAAGUCCUGUAAAUGAUUAAUUGAUUAUAAAUUGAAAAUCUGGGAAGUUGAGUUUUA